AAAAGUAUUCACACUCCAACCUUAAAACAAACGAGGGGUGUGUGUUUGUUUCACACGGUUCCCUAGAGCAGAAAACUGCACAUACAGAGACACAACUUACUCCCUGGAUUAUUCUUCUUGGAUUAUGAACUAAAGGACAGACAUGAAGAAGCUCCACUUUCCUCUGUUUGUGCUGCUGUGCCUCUGCAUGGCUUUGCACAACACUGUACAGCUAGACAGCAGUGCUUUCCUCAUCUACAACGAGGCUCACAACAAAUGUAUGAAGGUGGUAGAGCCCAACGUGGCUCAGGCCAGUGACUGUGACUUGUCUUCAGACACGCAGCAUUUCCGAUGGAUUUCCUCUUCUCGGAUCCUAAGCAUCUCCCACAAGCUGUGCCUCGGAGCUCAGGACCUUAAAGAAUGGGUUAGAGUUGUUCUGCUCCCCUGCAACGAGCUGAGUCCGAUGCAGAUAUGGGAGUGCAAGAAUGAGACUCUGUUUGGUAUAAAGGGCCAAAUGUUGCAUCUGAAUUACGGCAAUCGCCAUGAGCCAAAUUUACUGCUGUACUCAGGAACGGGUUCCUGGAGCCGCUGGGAGAUAUAUGGCAGUAAGAAUGAUCUGUGCUCUCACGGAUACCAAGAGAUGUUCACCAUUGGUGGCAAUGCUUUGGGCAACCCCUGUCAGUUUCCCUUUAAGUACGGAGAGAAGUGGUACGCUGAGUGCACCCUUGAUGGGCGAUCUGAUGGACAUCUUUGGUGCUCCACGGUCACAGACUACGACAUGGAUAAGAAAUGGGGUUUCUGUCCAACAAAAUCAUCAUCAGGUUGGGACACCGAUCCAAUAACAGGUGUGUUCUACCAGAGGAACACUCAGUCAGUGCUGACCUGGCAUCAGGCUCGCAAAAGCUGCCAGCAGCAAGACGCUGAUCUACUCAGCAUCAUGGAGCUGCAUGAGCAGACAUAUAUAUCAGGGUUAACUAAUAUACUUGGGUCAUCUCUAUGGAUUGGCCUGAAUAGUCUGGAUUUUGAAAGUGGCUGGCAAUGGAGCAAUGGAAACCCAUUUAUAUAUCUGAACUGGGCUCCAGGCCACCCCUUACUGGAGCCUGGCAUGAACUGUGCAGCACUUAAUGCUGGGAAAGCAUCUAAAUGGGAGAGUACAGCCUGCAGUAGUAAACUGGGAUACAUCUGCCGCAAGGGAAACUCCACGACCAUUACGCCUUCAGUGGGUAAAAACCAGCCUAGCUUCUGCCCAACCACCUGGGUGCCGUAUUCUGGUCACUGCUACUCUCUCUCACGUACUAAAAUGAUGUGGAAAGAUGCUCUGACAGCCUGUCGUAAAGAAGGAGCCGAUCUGAUCAGUAUUCACAAUAUAGAAGAACACAGCUUUAUUAUAUCACAGAGUGGAUACUUGCCCACUGAUGAAAUAUGGAUCGGUCUAAAUGAUCAGAAGACUCAGAACCUGUUUGAAUGGUCAGACAGAACCCAUGUCACCUUUGCCAAGUGGCUUGUGGGAGAACCUUCACACACAGCUAUCCUCAGAGAGGACUGCGUUCUCAUGAAAGGAAAGGAGGGGAAGUGGGCAGAUCACAUGUGUGAAAAGGAGUAUGGCUACAUGUGCAAGAAGAAAGCCUCCACCAAACCUGCAGGGGCACCGGAGGUGAUCAGUCCUGGAUGUCCUGCUGGUUGGAUCAGGUUCAGCUCCUACUGCUACAGCAUUGCGGUAGAAGCCAAAACCUUCAGUGAAGCCAAAACAGCAUGUGAACAGAGUGCAGCUAACCUAGCUCAAGUUGCAGACAGGUAUGAGAAUGCUUUUCUCAUCAGCCUGAUUGGUUUACGGCCUGAAAAAUAUUUCUGGAUUGGCCUGUCCAAUACAGAACGUGUUGAACGCUUUGAGUGGACAAAUAAGCAAGCAGUCAAAUUUACACACUUUAAUGUAGGAAUGCCAGAUAGGCGACAGGGCUGUGUUGCCGUGCGAACUGGGACUUCGGCAGGAUUAUGGGAUGUAGUCACCUGUGAUAGUAAAGAGAAGUACAUCUGUAAGAAAAUAGCCGAGGGUGUUACUACAACCAGAGAGCCUCCUCUGACACAACCUCUCAGUUGCCCCUCCAAAUGGAUAAAAAAAGACCCUGCCAAUUGCAUUCAGGUAUAUAAAAAUACAAAAGAGAAUAAGAAAUCAUGGCUUGAUGCACGCAACUACUGCAAAUCCAUUGGUGGUGAUCUUGCUAGCUUUCACGCUGAAAGUGAAACCAACAUUUUACCGUAUGGUGGGGGAAGUGAACCUGCAUGGAUUGGCUUUAAUAUGCUGGAUGAUAAUGCUGGCUUUGCAUGGUCAGAUGGAACUUCAUCAAACUAUGAGAACUGGAGCUAUGGGGAGCCCAAUAAUUACAAUUCUAAUGAGCAUUGUGCAGAAGCCAGCUUCUACUAUGGUCAUAGAUGGAACGAUCGGGAUUGUGAAGCCUACAAUGAUUGGAUCUGUCAGAUACGACUGGGAACGACGCCAAAACCUCCACCUACCAACCCCCCCCAAGCAGAGUUCAACAUUACGGCUGAUGGCUGGAUCCAGUUCAACGGUAGUCAGUACUACCUUAAUAACGAGCGCCUGGAUAUGGAAGCUGCUCGUACAUUUUGCAUUAAGAACCAUUCUGACCUUGUUAUCAUAACUGGUCUAAGUGAGAAGAAGUUUAUAUUUAAACAGAUUUCAAGAGGCACAGAAGACCAGUACUACAUUGGAAUGACAGUGGGAUUAGAUAAAUCCUUUAGCUGGGUGGAUGGUUCCCCGGUUGUCUAUACAGCAUGGAACCAAAACGAACCAAACUUUGCCAAUAACGAUGAAAACUGUGUUACCACGUACAAGAAUGGAUACUGGAAUGAUAUCAAUUGUGGAGUACAGUUACCCUCUAUCUGUAAAAGAAGUGUUAACUUUGUCACCAGCACAGCGGCUCCUACCACUGUACCGACGGGAGGCUGUAGUUCUGACUGGACCUCCUUUCAGGGAAAAUGUUAUAAAUUUGUAGGGAAAGAUAGCAAUGAAGAGAAAAUAUGGCAUGAUGCUCGACUAUACUGCAUCUCUCAAGGAGGCAACUUAGUGUCCAUUCGGAGUCAAGCAGAGCAAGCAUUUCUCACCACUAUGAUGCUCAGUUCACGUGAUGACGUGUGGAUUGGCUUGAAUGAUAUCAACUCGGAGAUGCGCUUCCUUUGGACAGAUGGGAAAGGUGUCAAGUUCACCAACUGGGCCAAAGGAUAUCCAGUGUCAUUUCCAGAUGGACGCCGAGUAUAUGGAGUAGAUGUCUUCAUCUCAAAGUGGAACAUUGACUUAGCAGGAGACAGCACGUUUGACUGCGUCAUUAUGGUGAAGACACCAGACAGGAUUACUGGCAUGUGGAAGGUUGAGAACUGCGAAGAGAAACGAGGUUUCGUCUGUAAGAGGAAUAUCGAUUCUCAGAUCCAAGUUCCAGCGACAACAGUGUCAUCAGCAUCAUACUUUAAACUGGGAAAUAAUUCGUAUAAGAUACAGACUGAGAAGAUGAGCUGGGAUGAGGCAAGGCGGCAGUGCAAAGCAGACGAUGCUGACUUAGCUAGCAUGUUAGACUCUGUCACCCAGGCGUUCAUCACCCUCAGAACUGGCAGAUUGAAAGAGCCUAUUUGGAUCGGACUAAACAGCAAUGUGACCAGUGGACGAUACCGUUGGAUUGAUAACUGGUUAUUGCGCUACACUAAAUGGGCUUCAGGUGAGCCACUGAGAAACCAGGCCUGUGUAUACAUUGAAACAGAUGGAACAUGGAAGACAUCAGAUUGCAGCAAAAGCUACUACUCCCUCUGCAAACGCUCACCAGAUAUCGCACCCACUGAUCCCCCUGAACUCCCAGGACACUGCCCAGAACCAAAGAAAUCCAAGGUCUGGAUUCCUUUCCGAGGACAUUGUUAUGUUUUUAUAGCCACAAAGAAUGAGAACUGGGCCCAUGCUUCAGUGGAGUGUAUGAGGAUGGGUGCAACAUUGCUGAGUGUGGAGGAUGCACUGGAGUCCAACUUCAUCCAUCGGAAUAUUGAGAUUCUUCACGAUGAAUCCAAAUCUUUCUGGAUUGGCAUCCACCGCAGCUACACAGGUGAGUGGAUGUGGAUUGAUAACACCGUGGUGGACUACAUUAAUUGGGCACCACGGUCACCCGGUACCAGCGGCGACUGUGUGGAGGUCAAAUCAGAAACUGGCUUGUGGAUGAACUCUCAUUGCAAUGGAUACAGAGGCUAUAUCUGCAAAACCCCCAAAAUUAUACCACCAACUGAGAAACAGCCGGAGAUUCAACCGCAUGUGGAAGAGGCCUCUCAUGGCUACACUGGUAUCGCUAUAGCAGUUGUGCUGGUGAUAAUUGCUGUAGCAGGACUGGCUGCCUUCCUCUUUUAUAAAAGACCAACUACCCCAGUAGUCGGGGAGUGUACGUUCGAUAACACACUCUACUUUAACAACCCGGCACGAGCCACCACUACUGUAGACACCAAAGGACUGGUUACCAACAUGGAACAAAAUGAGAAUGCAUAACACACACACACACACACACACACACACACACACACACACACACACAAACACACACAGUUACAAUAAAUUUCUACAUAAUUACAUAAAAGAUCAAAUAUUUGUUGUUGUUGUUUUAUUUUUUAAAUAAUCAAGAUGUAUAGAUGAAUUUUGUACAUCACCAGACUGCUUGGAUGUAGAAAGAUGUCUGCUCAAUAUUUAGUAGAGUAAUACACAAAACACCCUGAAAUUACAUGUUGCUUAUUUACAUCAUAUAGCGCUUUCUUUACUCUUAAAUAGGUUCAAGUUAAUAUAGGACAAUGUAAAUGUUCAUCAUCUGUAUGCCACCAUAUUUUUUUUUUUAUUCUCAGACCUGUGCUUUAUUGACAUGGUUGUGCUCUAUUUUAAUUUUCUUUUUGUAAAUAAAUGUUUAAAGAACUAGAAA